AUGCAAACCUGGUUUUUGUUAUUACUUAACCAUUUGCCUGGUCCCAACACUUUCUUUCUUUCUUUCUUUCUUUCUUUCUUUCCUUCUACCUCCCUCUUUUUCUUUCUUUCUUUUCUUUCUUUUUUGGUCCUUUUCUUUCUACCACCCUCCCUUUCUUUCUCUUAUUGUUUCUUUUUCUUCCUCCCAUUCUUUCAUUCUCUCUCUCUCUCUCUCCCUCUCUUUCUUUCUUUUUCUCUCAAGAUUCAAACGUGUGAAAUCUAUCUUCAUUAUCUGUCUAUCUAUCUUCAUUAUCUGUCUAUCUAUCUUCAUUAUCUGUCUAUCUAUCUUCAUUAUCUGUCUAUCUAUCUUCAUUAUCUGUCUAUCUAUCUUCAUUAUCUGUCUAUCUAUCUAUCUUCAUUAUCUGUCUAUCUAUCUAUCUUCAUUAUCUGUCUAUCUAUCUAUCUUCAUUAUCUGUCUACCAAUCUUAGACGACUCUCUGUUCAUAUCUAUCUAUCUAUUUUAGUCUGUUCAUAUCUAUCUAUCUAUUUUAGUCUGUUCAUAUCUAUCUAUCUAUAA